CACACUGGAGAGAGACCUCUUGCUUGCUCAGCUUGCGCUAAAAGAUUCAACAAUAAGAAUGACAUGAUAUUACACAUGAGAACACACACAGGUGAGAAACCUUUUACUUGCUCUGUUUGUAAGAAGAGUUUCUCCAGAAAGGAACACAUGACCACACACAUGAGAACACACACUGGAGAGAAACCUUUUACUUGCUCUGUUUGUAAGAAGAGUUUCUACAGCAAGCAAAUCAUGACCAAACACAUGAGAACACACACUGGAGAGAAACCUUUUGCUUGCUCAGUUUGUGCUAAAAGAUUCAACACUAAGAAUGAAAUGAUAUUACACAUGAGAACACACACAGGUGAGAAACCCUUUACUUGCUCUGUUUGUAAGAAGAGUUUCUCCACAAAGCGUACCAUGACCACACACAUGAGAACACACACUGGAGAGAAACCUUUUACUUGCUCUGUUUGUAAGAAGACUUUCUACAGCAAGCAAAUCAUGACCAAACACAUGAGAACACACACUGGAGAGAAACCUUUUGCUUGCUCAGCUUGUGCUAAAAGAUUCAACACUAAGGAUGUAAUGAUAUUACACAUGAGAACACACACAGGUGAGAAACCCUUUACUUGCUCUGUUUGUAAGAAGAGUUUCUCUAGAAAGCAACACAUGACCAGACACAUGAGAACACACACUGGAGAGAAACCUUUUUCUUGCUCAUCUUGUGCUAAAAGAUUCAACUCUAAGAAUGACAUGAUAUUACACAUGAGAACACACACAGGUGAGAAACCUUUUACUUGCUCUGUUUGUAAGAAGAGUUUCUACAGCAAGCAAAUCAUGACCAAACACAUGAGGAGAACACACACUGGAGAGAAACCUUUUGCUUGCUCAGCUUGUGCUAAAAGAUUCAACACUAAGAAUGAAAUGAUGUUACACAUGAGAACACACACAGGUGAGAAACCCUUUACUUGCUAUGUUUGUAAGAAGAGUUUCUCUAGAAAGCAACACAUGACCAGACACAUGAGAACACACACUGGAGAGAAACCUUUUUCUUGCUCAGCUUGUGCUAAAAGAUUCAACACUAAGAAUGACAUGAUAUUACACAUGAGAACACACACAGGUGAGAAACCCUUUACUUGCUCUGUUUGUAAGAAGAGUUUCUCCAGAAAGGAACACAUGACCAUACACAUGAGAACACACACUGGAGAGAAACCUUUUGCUUGCUCAGCUUGUGCUAAAAGAUUCAACACUAAGAAGAAAAUUAUAUUACACAUGAGAACACACACUGGAGAGAAACCUUUUGCUUGCUCAGUGUUAGAAUAA